UUUUGAAGUUAGUGCUCGUGCUGUGGUGUCGUCUGUGACCAGUGCUAUCGUCAAUUUGCACCACAAACAAUCCAAUUCAAUUCCAUAAAACCUUCUUUCCUUCUUGUACCGAAUGGCGCUCAACUUCCAUGAAUGCAAAAAUAUCUCCGAAUAACUCAAUCACCCAGUUGGUCAACCUCAUUUUCUCCACGGUGAUUGCUUUACCGGGUCAAGAUCGAAAUCUAAAGUCAACGGUACGACAAAACAACCAUAACAAUCUAUUUCUUUAGAUGGCGGCUAUUAUAUAUAUGAACAUUAUGUUUCCUUCUGUAAUCAGCUGUAAUUCUUCACUUUUCUCCCUCAGUCAUGGCCUUCUUUUCUCACAACAGUAACCCCUUCAGUUUGUUUCUGUUUACAUAUUUGAUCUUGUUACUAACAGUCAUGAACAUCGCUGAAGCUUCGUCAGUAGAAUCAUGCAGUGCCAAUACUGGCCCUGUUAUCCCCACAACCCCUCUGGUAGAGUUCCUUCAAACUUUGCAAGAGACUGCGUUAAGAACUUUCGGUGGAACUAACUUUGAUCCCAAAACGUACGUUGACUUGUCUUUGAAGUCAAGUCUUUCCACAACAGUCGACGCUUUUCACAAGUUGCAACGAAACGCUACUGGGGAAAUUUCGGUUCAAGAUCUGAGCAAGUUUAUUGAGGAUUACUUUCUGGGUGCUGGAGAUGAUCUUGUUAUUGCUGACCCACCGGAUUUUGUUCCUAAACCGGAGGGUUUUUUGCUUAAGGUUGAGAAUUCUAAAGUGAGAGCAUGGGCGUUGGAAGUGCAUUCUUUGUGGAAAAAUUUGAGUCGGAAAGUUUCUCACUCUGUUCUGAACCAGCCUGAGUUUCAUACUUUGCUUCCCCUUCCUCGACCGGCUAUUAUUCCCGGGUCUCGCUUUAGGGAGGUCUACUAUUGGGAUUCUUACUGGGUUAUAAGGGGUUUGAUGGCAAGCAAAAUGUAUACCACAGCAAAAUCAAUUGUGACUAAUCUCUUGUCCUUCAUUGAUAAAUAUGGUCAUGUUCUUAAUGGUGCAAGGGUCUAUUACACCAAUAGGAGCCAACCUCCCCUACUGAGUGCGAUGGUGCACGAAUUAUACAAGCAAACUGGUGACUUGGAAUUGGUUAGAAAGGCUCUUCCUGCUCUGCUCAAAGAAUAUCAAUUUUGGAAUACAGGAAUACACGGUGUGACAAUCCAAGAUAGUCGAGCUAGGAGCCACAAAUUAAGUCGGUACUAUGCAAUGUGGAACAAACCUAGACCUGAAUCUACUACCAUAGACAAGGCAUGGGCUUCCAAGCUCUUAAACAGUUCUGAGAAACAGCAUUUUUACAGGGAAGUAGCUUCGACUGCUGAAUCUGGAUGGGAUUUCAGUACAAGAUGGAUGAGGAAUACAUCAGAUAUCACCACUUUGUCCACAACAUCAAUUUUACCUGUUGACUUGAAUGUAUUCAUACUGAGGAUGGAACUUGACAUUGCCUUCUUUGCAAAAGUAGUUGGAGAUGAUAAGACUUCUGAGAGCUUUUUGGAAGCUUCUGAAAGAAGAAAACAGGCGAUCAACACUAUAUUCUGGAAUGAAGAGAUGGGGCAAUGGCUUGAUUACUGGCUUGAUAGUGGAGCGACCCCUGAGGGAUGUCAAGUAUGGAAAGCUUCUAACCAGAAUCAUAAUACAUAUGCUUCAAAUUACGUGCCUCUAUGGAUUAAUUUGUUCAACUCAGAUACUUCUCUGGUGAAGAAGGUUAAAAAAAGUCUUAAAAGUUCAGGCCUGGUUCGUGCUGUUGGAAUUGCAACUUCUUUGGUAAAUUCAGGAAAUCAAUGGGACUUUCCCAACGGUUGGGCGCCACUUCAACACAUGAUAAUAGAAGGUUUGUCAAGUUCAGAAUCAGAAGAAGCAAGGUCACUGGCUAAAGACAUCGCGGUGAGGUGGAUCAGAACCAACUAUGUUGCCUACCAGAAAACUGGUGCUAUGCAUGAAAAAUAUAAUGUGGAAAAGUGUGGAGAUUUCGGAGGUGGCGGUGAAUACAUACCACAGACUGGUUUUGGUUGGUCAAAUGGAGUUGUGUUAGCAUUGUUGGAGGAAUUUGGAUGGCCAAAAGACCUGAAGAUAGAUUGCCAGUAAGCUUUGAAACUGAAGAUAUGAAUUUUUUAUAUACUUGAAAUAAGACCUUGUGAAAUUUAUAUUUAUUGUGAUUGUAUGAUAUACUAAAACCAAUAUUGAAGGACCAAUUAAACUAUGUGUAUCCAGUUUCGAAUAUCCAAUUAAGUACUCAGAUGAUGUGUCAUCAUAUGAUUAAGAGAUAAUCAUUCAAUUACAUGAUGACGUAUAGUACACAAUAAGAUAUUCAAAAUUAGGUAUACAUAGUAUUACUAUUUAAUGACCCUUUGGGUUUGUGUUGUUACUCAUAUUAUUAAAGUUGAACCAAUAAUUUUCAUGUCUA